AUGAACUUUCUAUCCGCUGUUGGAGCGAGUCAUUCCCAGAGGAGCGCUCCUUCCCCGGGCAGAGCAGAGAGAGAAGCGGCUGAAGCGGUUCAUAAAGUCAGGUACUCACAGGAUGAGAGACGCUCCAGUCCAGUCCUCACACAAAUAAAGCAGGCGGACACUCAGAGCCACCGAGAAUACACGCUGGCUGUCCGCAACGCCGUUUUCUCUAGGAAGCUGACCAAUGGCAGAGCAGGAGAGCAGAGAGUGGGCGGGAGCGCAGGUGAUGCUCACAGUGGGACGCUCCUCUGGGACCCGCACAUCCACAGAAGACUGGAGCAUGGACUGGACAGGACAGAGACACUCACCCCUCACCGAACUUCAGUGUCCAGCAACUACUGCGCCAACGAUACACCUGCAUUAAUUCUGACCUUCUGCAGUUUUGUGUCUGAAGGAGCUCCUACGAGCCACCUCUGCUCACCCCACUUAAUCCAAGUAAUGGCCCCAGAGCUGUGGCCCUCUGGCCGGGACACAGGAGGUGCUCUGCCACUGCCAACAGGCCUGGAGCUGCCUACAGAGAGCAGCCAGUGCAGCAGCAGCUAA